UUCAUAACAGCGUCCUCCAUUCACGUUCCUGAGCCAGCAAACCAUCGGGUCGAAGCAUGUCAUCGUGGGUCCUGUUCAAGGCUUCUGUGUUGAGAUGUUCGACGUUCUGGUCAAUAAGUAUAAUUUCACGUUUACGCUGGAGCUCCCGUACGACGGAAACUGGGGCAAUCAGAUGCCUAACGGCACGUUCAACGGCAUGAUCGGCAUGGUGGAGAGAGAGUGGGCUGACAUGGCGAUGACAGGCUGCACCAUCACCGAGGACCGGGAUGCCGUUGUCGACUUCACGCAUCCCUUCUACGAGGAUCCGGAGACCAUCCUCAUCCGCGCCCCUGGAGAGCGACCCAACGCCCUGGCCUUCCUACAGCCCUUCACAUACAAGGUGUGGCUGCUGAUCCUCAGCAGCCCGUGUGCGGUUGGUCCCUUGCUGUGGCUCAUGACUGAGGGUACAGGCGACUGGUCGCCCUCACUCUACCCUCACAAAGGGCGCAGUGCGUCGGUACUCAACUACAUCUGGGGCGCAGGCUUCUGCCUCAUUGCUCAGGGUUAUGAACUGCGUUUAAAUGAGAGUAGCCGCGUGAUGUUGGGUUUGUGGUGGACCUACUGCAUGAUUUUGAUCUACACUUACACUGGAAACCUGAUCGCCUUCCUGACCGUGCCGCGCUUGGCGGGCAUCAUACAAAGUCUCGAUGAAUUGGCCAAUCAGAGAGAAGUUCUCUGGACGUAUCGAGCGGAGUCUGUGCUUGAUACUCUUUUCGCAGGUGCAGAAAAUGGAACGUAUCGCAAGAUCGGGGACUUGAAGCACACACACAAGGAUCUGCUGGUCAAGUCGGAUGUUGACGGUAUAAACGCUGUGCUGCUCAAGAAUAUGGCUUUCAUAAAGGAGCAAAGUUAUUUAGACUUUGCCAUGGAGAAGGACUACUUAGAGACCAAGCGGUGCCGUCUAACACUUGUCCCAGAGCUCUUCUUCAGCGCCCCCUUUGGGUGGGCGGUGCAAGAGCAUAGCGUCUUCUUGCCACUACUGAACACCGAGAUACUGCGCAUGAUGCAGUCAGGAUUACUCAAGGUGUGGAAGAUCAAGCAUUGGCCCAAGCCCAACGAGUGCACCGCGAGAGCUGACGUAAGGACCACUGGGCCAAGGUCUCUCAGGUAA